AAUACAUCUAGGCCCCUUUCUUAUUUAGUAGCAGUUUUUCCUCGGAGUUUUAAAACGUGUACUAUAAAGGUAAUUAUUUGGGCAUGGUGUGUUUCCAGAGCAGUUCAAGCGCAGAAGUUGGGGUGGUUUAAAAACGAGAUUGUCCCUGUGACGACCACCUUCACUGAUGACCAGGGCACUGAGAAAACCAUCACUGUGCUGCAGGAUGAAGGAAUCCGGCCAAACACCUCACUGGAGGGGCUGGCCAAGCUGAAGCCGGCCUUCAAGGAGGGCGGGACUUCAACAGCUGGUAACUCCAGCCAAGUUAGCGACGGUGCUGCUGCGGUGCUCCUGGCCAGACGUUCUGCAGCUGCGCAACUGGGGCUUCCUGUCCUUGGGGUGCUGAAAUCGUAUGCUGUGGUUGGAGUCCCACCGGAUGUUAUGGGCAUAGGGCCAGCCUAUGCCAUUCCAGUGGCACUGAAGAAAGCCGGUUUGACAGUGGAUGAUAUCGAUGUAUUUGAAAUCAACGAGGCCUUUGCUAGUCAGGCUGUCUACUGUGUGGAGAAACUUAGCAUCCCCAUGGAGAAGGUGAAUCCUCUGGGCGGCGCCAUCGCUUUGGGACAUCCUCUGGGCUGCACCGGGGCUCGGCAAGUUGUCACUUUGCUCAAUGAGCUGAAGCGCAGGGGGAAGAGAGGCUAUGGCGUGGUCUCAAUGUGCAUUGGGACCGGGAUGGGAGCGGCUGCCGUAUUUGAAUAUCCAGGGAAGUGAACAGAACUUCGGCCCGUUUGUGCGACCUGCUCUCAAGGCUUGGAAAGUGACCGGUGAUCCAACCCGAUGUGCAACUGGCUUUAUGAACGUUAGAAGCGUACCGUCCACGGUGGACAGAGCUUUCAAAUCCAGUGCCCCGGGAAUGAAUUUGGGAAUGAGAUGGAGCAAGGACCUAGGCUGCUCGUCGUUAAGAAAACAAUGAAAAUGGGUCCUCUUGCAGGUCACUUAUGGAUUAAUCACUCAGGUGUAAGGGCUCUACCAGCCAAUGGAGGUGGGUUGGGGUUGGUGUAGGGGAAGUAGGGGUGCUUCAGGAACGUGACUGAUCGGCAGUCUGAAAUAGAUUGCCUUAUCAGCAGUGCUGGGAUUAACGUGCAAUUGGAAUGAGUUUUUUUCUUCUUUUUUUUCCCAGAAUCCUUACUUCGGUGAGGAUCCUUAAAGUAGUCAGGGGACUGCUUUGGGGGGAAAAUAACAACCACUAUUAGAAGCAGCUAGGAAAUGGGGCACAAGUGCAUUUGGGAACAAUAAAAAUUAUGGCACAGCAUUCAUUGCCUUUCUGGGAGCAGGGCGCACUGUUGCAUCUUGCCCUCCCAGUUGGGCUCCAUUUUCAAAGUUUUCUAGGGGCUCAUAAGCCGCUAUUGCUGGUUUGAUUUUUUUUUUCCUUAAGGCGCCUUUAGUUCAUCCCACAUCAUUUUUAAAGAUGAACUGGGACCAGGUACGUUCUUUUAAAAAUAUUACUGUUGCCAUGAAUGAACAGGAACAAAAUUGCCACCAACUGACUUCUAAAUCCUUAAAAGGAAAAGCAGCUUAAGAAGCAGGUUGGAAAUCACAUGAUUCAGCUGCAGUCUUAGCGAGAAAUAGUUCAUAUUUGCUUUGCUGGUGGUCUAAGGAGCUAAACCAAUUCUUAAAGAUGUUUUAAUCAACUAAUUAAAUUUCUGUCAAUGGAUUAAAUUACAUUAAUGAA